CCGCCUACGUCGGGCUGCGUGACAAUGGGGCCGGCCGCAGAACGCAGCUGCGGCGGCUGCGGGUCUCGUGGGGGCGGAGCGGCCGCCGCUGCCGCCGCAGCUCGAGUCGGGAUUUGAAAGAUUAGAAACUCUUGGGUGGAGAGGGCGGCGGCGUUGAAUGUGUAGCGGAAGCGCUGGGGGUCACGGCUCCGCGCGCCGCCGGGCAGCCGGCGGCGUCUCCACAGCAUGAAUUACCCGGGCCGCGGGUCCCCACGGAGCCCCGAGCAUAACGGCCGACGCGGCGGCGGCGGCGCUUGGGAGCUGGACUCAGACGCGGGGCCAGCGUUCGGCGGCGGCGUCUGCUGCUUCGAGCACCUGCCCGGCGGGGACCCGGGCGACGGCGACGUGCCCCUGGCCCUGCUGCGCGGGGAACCCGGGCUGCGUUUGGCGCCGGGUACCGAGGACCACAACCACCACCUCGCGCUGGACCCCUGCCUCAGUGACGAGAACUAUGACUUCAGCUCCGCUGAGUCGGGCUCCUCGCUGCGCUACUACAGCGAGGGCGAGAGCGGCGGCGGCGGCAGCUCCUUGUCGCUGCACCCGCCGCAGCAGCCUCCGCUGGUCCCGACGAACUCGGGGGGCGGCGGGGCGACAGGAGGGGCCCCUGGGGAAAGGAAACGUACCCGGCUUGGUGGCCCGGCGGCCCGGCACCGCUAUGAGGUAGUGACAGAGCUGGGCCCGGAGGAGGUACGCUGGUUCUACAAGGAGGACAAGAAGACCUGGAAGCCCUUCAUCGGCUACGACUCGCUCCGCAUCGAGCUCGCCUUCCGGACCCUGCUGCAGACCACGGGUGCCCGGCCCCAGGGUGGGGACCGGGACGGCGACCAUGUGUGCUCCCCCACGGGCCCAGCUUCCAGUUCCGGAGAAGAUGACGAUGAGGACCGCGCCUGCGGCUUCUGUCAGAGUACGACGGGGCACGAGCCGGAGAUGGUGGAGCUGGUGAACAUCGAGCCUGUGUGCGUGCGGGGCGGCCUCUACGAGGUGGAUGUGACCCAAGGAGAGUGCUACCCGGUGUACUGGAACCAGGCUGAUAAAAUACCAGUAAUGCGUGGACAGUGGUUUAUUGAUGGCACUUGGCAGCCUCUAGAAGAGGAAGAAAGUAAUUUAAUUGAGCGAGAACAUCUCAAUUGUUUUAGGGGCCAGCAGAUGCAGGAAAAUUUUGAUAUUGAAGUGUCAAAAUCCAUAGAUGGAAAAGAUGGCAGUGGGAUCAACUAUUCUGCUGUUCAUAGUUUCAAGUUGAGUCGAAACCAUGUGGACUGGCACAGUGUGGAUGAAGUAUAUCUUUAUAGUGAUGCAACAACAUCUAAAAUUGCAAGAACAGUUACCCAGAAACUGGGAUUUUCUAAAGCAUCAAGUAGUGGGACCAGACUUCAUAGAGGUUAUGUAGAAGAAGCCACAUUAGAAGACAAGCCAUCACAGACUACCCAUAUUGUAUUUGUUGUGCAUGGCAUUGGGCAGAAAAUGGACCAAGGAAGAAUUAUCAAAAAUACAGCCAUGAUGAGAGAGGCUGCAAGAAAAAUAGAAGAAAGGCAUUUUUCCAACCAUGCAACACAUGUUGAAUUUCUGCCUGUUGAGUGGCGGUCAAAACUUACUCUUGAUGGAGACACUGUUGAUUCCAUUACUCCUGACAAAGUACGAGGUUUAAGGGAUAUGCUGAACAGCAGUGCAAUGGACAUAAUGUAUUAUACUAGUCCACUUUAUAGAGAUGAACUAGUUAAAGGCCUUCAGCAAGAGCUGAAUCGAUUAUAUUCCCUUUUCUGUUCUCGGAAUCCAGACUUUGAAGAAAAAGGGGGUAAAGUCUCAAUAGUAUCACAUUCCUUGGGAUGUGUAAUUACUUAUGACAUAAUGACUGGCUGGAAUCCAGUUCGACUCUAUGAACAGUUGCUGCAAAAGGAAGAAGAGUUGCCUGAUGAACGAUGGAUGAGCUAUGAAGAACGACAUCUUCUUGAUGAACUCUAUAUAACAAAACGACGGCUGAAGGAAAUAGAAGAACGGCUGCAUGGAUUGAAAGCAUUGUCUAUGACACAAACACCUGCCUUAAAAUUUAAGGUUGAGAAUUUCUUCUGUAUGGGAUCCCCAUUAGCAGUUUUCUUGGCGUUGCGUGGCAUCCGCCCAGGAAAUACUGGAAGUCAAGACCAUAUUUUGCCUAGAGAGAUUUGUAACCGGUUACUAAAUAUUUUUCAUCCUACAGAUCCAGUGGCUUAUAGAUUAGAACCAUUAAUACUGAAACACUACAGCAACAUUUCACCUGUCCAGAUCCACUGGUACAAUACUUCAAAUCCUCUACCUUAUGAACAUAUGAAGCCAAGCUUUCUCAACCCAGCUAAAGAACCUACCUCAGUUUCAGAGAAUGAAGGCAUUUCAACCAUACCAAGCCCUGUGACCUCACCAGUCUUGUCCCGCCGACACUAUGGAGAAUCUAUAACAAAUAUAGGCAAAGCAAGCAUAUUAGGGGCUGCUAGCAUUGGAAAGGGACUUGGAGGAAUGUUGUUCUCAAGAUUUGGACGUUCAUCUACAACACAGUCAUCUGAAACAUCAAAGGACUCAAUGGAAGAUGAGAAGAAGCCAGUUGCCUCACCUUCUGCUACCACCGUAGCAACACAGACCCUUCCACAUAGCAGUUCUGGCUUCCUUGAUUCUGCAUAUUUCAGACUUCAAGAAUCGUUCUUUAAUCUCCCACAACUUCUUUUUCCGGAAAAUGUAAUGCAGAAUAAAGAUAAUGCCCUCGUGGAGUUGGAUCACAGGAUUGAUUUUGAACUCAGAGAAGGCCUUGUGGAGAGCCGCUAUUGGUCAGCUGUCACGUCGCAUACUGCCUAUUGGUCAUCCUUGGAUGUUGCCCUUUUUCUUUUAACCUUCAUGUACAAACAUGAGCACGAUAAUGAUGCAAAACCCAAUUUAGAUCCAAUCUGAACUCUUGAAGGACAUGAAUGGCCUAAAACUGACUUUUUUUUUCUGUUAAAAUGUGUGUGUCAAGAUACGGAGAUUUCAGGGUUAAAGUAUAUUUCAGUUUUCUUUAGGGCAACAGAUAUUUGAAUUUAAAAGCACUUUAUUUAAAAAAAAAAGUUUUCAGUUCUGAAGAAGUCAUUUACAGUUUGCAUCAUUUUAAUUAUGAGUCUGACAAAACCUUCUCCAGAGAAUCAAGCAAGACCUGGAUGUGAAGAAGGUUUGGGUAAACUGCAUGUAAAGGCUACAAAUCACAAUCUGAGUCCUCCCAAAUGUAAAGGCAUAUGGAACAUAAUGUAUUAACCAAAGUAUGUUAUAAAUUAAAAAUGGUCCAGGUUCAGCAUAUUCCAUAUGAAGAUUGCAAGGUGGUAUCAUUGUUUUAGAUUUCUAUGAAGGCUUUCAUUUGUACAUCCCUUUGAAAAAAUAUAACAGAUUUAAAAUGUUUUGAAUUUAACUUGUUUAGAAAAACUAAUGCUUAAAACAAUAUUUGAACUACUGUAUUUAUAAUUUAUUACCUCUAAUUGCUUUAUUUCAGUGUAUGAGACAUUACUGUUUUAAUUUUGCUUUGAACAUAAUUUAAGAACCAGAUUUAUUUUCUAUAGUGUUAAACCCUCUUUUCUCAGAACUCCAUCUUUGUACUCUUCAGAUGAAUAUAUAGACACUGUGGCAUACUUUUUUUUUUUUUUUUCAUUAAAAACUUAUGGCUUCAUACAACACUAGUUCAAUUUUUUAAAUAAACUUUUUAUUACGUUACAUGUACUUCAGAGAAAGCUAAAGUUUCUCUAAACUUGACAUGGAGUACUCCAUAAUGGGUACAUUUCAUUAGCUUUAUUAGAAAACUAGUAAAUGCUUUUGAAUAGGUAGUAUGACAGCUAUUUUAAAUGUAUAAACAUUUGUGUGCCAAACAACAUAUAUGAAGGGAUGGGAUGCCACUAAGUAGUGCACAUUGUUUCUCAGUGUGCCAUUGAGACACAAGGCACAGUCAGGAUUCUGAGGCAUUGGAAGGGUUUUCUUCAGCUGUAAUUGUUUCCACAGUGCUUUUCAUCUGAGGGGCUCAAAGUUUAAGAGGAGUACAUUCAAUAACCCAUGUACUAGCUUCUUGAGGUAAGUAAAUAAAUCUUGUUCUCAUGUUACAUGUUAAUAACACCAACUCACCAAAACAUUUAAAGUGCCAUGAAUUAGAUUACAUCACAAAUCAGAAAAACUUGGAUUGGGCUAGUCACCGUGGCUCGUGCCUGUAAUCCAACACUUUGGGAGGCCAAGAUGGGAGGAUCACUUGAACCCAGGAUUUCAAGACCAGCUUGGGCAACAUAGUGAGACCCCCUUCUCUGCAAAAAAUGACAAAAAUUAGCCACUUGUAGUGGUGUACACCUGUAGUCCCAGGUACUCAAGAGGCUGAGGUGGGAGGAUCACCCGAGCCCAGAAGUUCGAAGCUGCAGUGAGCUCUGAUCGCACCAAUGCAUUCCAGCCUGGGUGACGGAGCCAGACCCUGUCUCUAAAAAACAAAAAAGAAAAGCUUGGGUUGAAGCCAGGCCAUACUCUUUUAUAUGCUGUUCAAUGACUUGAUUCACAUGUGACCUUUUAGUAGUUUGCAAACAAUAAUAACAGAAGUUGCAAUUCAUAAUUCAGAGAAAUGACCAUGAAGCCAGUGUUUCCCUGCUUGAUUUCUGUGUUCUUGGAUUCUCACACAAAAGAGGAGUUACCUAGAGGGGAUCAGUAGCCAUCCCUGUUGCAUACAACCGUCAUUUCUGAGUGGUUUCCACUAGGUUCCACUUAAGGUGCUGUCUUUUCUUAACUUGCAAGGAAUUGCUUAGCUUCCCAAUAAUCAUUGUCAAACUGGGAGCACAGUUGGUCAGCUGUAUCUCUUACCUCCUCCUUUCUUCAUAAGAUAGUAGAAUCUGUGGCUUACUUAUAGGUUUUACUUAGCACUUCAGUACUGUUGGCUGCUUUGGCCUUUUGUUGAAUUUGCACAACAUAAAGCACUUCUUUCUAAUGUUUAAAAAAAAUUCCAAGGCUCCAUGACCAAGUAUGUGACUCACUAAGAAACCCUUGCUAUAAAAGGCUUUUGAUGAAAUCUUAGCAAAGCUAAAGUAUCUCUAACUUAGAGAUUCCUAUGAACUCAGGUCAUUUUCAUAGCCUGUUUAUUUUGUAGGUCUAAUUUAGUUCUCAGGAAAAUUAAACUCAUGCUAUAUGACUGUAUCGUUAAAGGUACUUGAGCAUAUGUUGCUGUAGGUGGUAUGACACUCAAAUGCAUAAGAACUUGAGGGGAUUUAUUCUUAACCACUAGAAUAUGAAGAGCCCUUUUUACCUGAGAAGAGUGAAAUUAUGUCAAACCUUUUAAUUUGAUAUCACUGAGUAAAAGGUAUGUUCCUAUAGCCAUAGGAAUAUGUCUGCUUCCUUUUUUUCAUAUUGAGAAAACAGUCAAAUUUAACCAUUUGGAAUUUAUUUGAAUUCGUGGAAGAGCAAUAUUGAAAACCUUUUCAAAAAUUAGAUGUUCUGGACUACUGGAUGGAUGUUUUGUUUUCAGUUCAUUUUUCAUCAGUAGAGAUGGUGAUUUUGGUUUUGUAGUAUCCUUGUUUCUAUGUCUGUGCAUGUUAAUAUUGGAUGUAUUUGUAUAUACUUAAUUAAUAUACAGACUGUGUCAUUCUGGCUUGAUUAGAAGCUAAGUCAGUUACUGAGUAACAUUUUGCAACUUUAUUCCAGCAAGUACUAAAUCGGCCAAAAAAAGUUUUGUUUUUGAUACCAUUAAAAUUUUAUUCUCUA